AAAUGCACAUGCGCCCCACAAGGAAAGCAUUAUAAGCCUCGUUCUCACUAGUGCAAGGUGACCCCGAAAAGAAGGAGUAGAAAUGGCGUACGAGGGACACAUGAGCAAGCGGCAAAGGACUGAUAUGGACGGUCAUGGCGUCCAGUCCGGACCACGGGACAAGUACGAUGACCCUCACAAGCCAUCUCCGUCAUGUGUGGUCCAUUGUAGAGGCCUGUCCGAUGCUGUUAUAGAAGCAGAUUUGGUGGAUGCUGUUCAGCAUUUUGGUGGUAUUAGCUAUGUGAUCAUGAUGCCCCGCAAGAGACAGGCCCUAAUAGAGUUUGAUGACCUGAAUGGAGCACGGAAUUGUGUCAAUUAUGCACAGGCGAAUCAGAUAUAUGUUGCUGGUCAACCUGCAUUCUUCAACUAUUCCACAAGUCAGAAGAUCCAGCGUCCAGGAGGUCCUGAUGAUACCCGAAUAGCCAACCACAUCCUGUUGUUUACCAUCCUUAAUCCACAGUAUCCAAUCACUGUGGAUGUUAUACACACAAUCUGCUCUCAAAGUGGGAAGGUACUGAGGAUUGUGAUCUUCAAGAAAAAUGGUGUGCAGUGUAUGGUCGAAUUUGACUCCAUUGAAUCUGCAAAAAGAGCAAAACAGGCACUGAAUGGAGCUGAUAUAUACUCUGGAUGCUGCACUUUGAAGAUUGAAUAUGCUAAGCCGACCAGACUGAAUGUGCUGAAGAAUGAUAAUGAGAGCUGGGAUUACACCAAUCCAGGACUAAAAAUGGAACCGUCAUCUCCUAAAAAUCAGCCCCUUCUAGCUGACCCCCGAUACCCAGGAGCUGCUCCCUCUCCUUAUGGGUCCCCAAUGGGUGAUCCAAUGGGAGGAAGAGGUGGCGGAGGUGGGGGUGGUUACGGACCUCAGGGUGGUGGAUAUGGAAUGCAUUUUGAGCACGGUGGGCAGGGAGACGGUUAUGAUAACUAUGGUGGUCGCAGUCAGUAUGGAAUGCCACCAGCACAAGACAGAGGAUACUUCCCCAAACCAAUGCAGGAUCGUCACAGCAGUUAUGGCAGUCCUCCCGGAGGUCACUAUGGCCCUGACCAUGGCAUGGGUAUGGGUGGCCCUCCCAACCCAGGGGCACCUCAGCAAGGUGCAGUCAUUAUGGUAUAUGGCCUCAGCCCAGAGAACUCCAACUGUGACAAGCUCUUCAACCUUUUCUGUCUGUAUGGGAAUGUGGUUAGGAUCAAGUUUUUGAAAACAAAAGAAGGGUCUGCGAUGGUCCAGCUUGGAGACCCUAUAUCUGUGGACAGAGCCAUUCAGAACCUCAACAACAGUUUCUUCUUUGGCAGCAAGUUACAGUUGGGCUACUCCAAACAGGCAUUCCUGCAAGAUGUAAUGAAUCCACAUGAGCUUCCUGAUGGAACACCAUCUUUCAAGGACUACAUGGGAAGUCGAAACAAUCGAUUCACCAACCCAGAGGCAGCCAGCAAGAAUCGUAUUCAAGGACCUGCUAAAGUGCUACAUUACUUCAAUGCUCCACCUAAUCUGACAGAUGAAGACCUGAAAAAGUUGUUUGAAGAUGCUGGUGUGAAACCACCUCUAAGGACGAAACAGUUCCCAUCCAGAACUGAGCGAAGUUCGACAGGUCUGUUGGAGUUUGACAGUAAAGAAGGCAUUGAGGGCCUGAUGUUGUGCAACCAUGCCCAGAUACCCAAUCCUUCCGGAAAGAGUCCAUACGUCUUCAAGUUGUGUUUCUCGUCUACACCAAUCCUUGGGUCCAAUUAAAAAGGAAGAGUUGUCUGACCCUGGAGAUGGGUCCCUCCACUGCUCUAUGGUUUUAGGAUCAUUAGUGUUUCAUGUAACAUUGUUUUACGUACAAGUGUUGUUUUAGACAAAAAUUAUGUUAGAUCCUGAUUGUAGUUAUGGACACAUUGUAUUCCAGAACUCGGUAUGAAAUGUUUUAAGACAAUCUGGUUUUUGUGGCCUGCUUUCAGAAUCAAAAAUGCAACAUGUUGUUGAUCAUUGUUGAAUUACUAGAUCCUCACAGCAUUGUGACGCACUCCCACAGCCAUCUAGAGUAACGCUUUGUUUUGUUCAAGUACAUUGUUUUCUAUUUUAUCAUCGUAUUUCAUGAUCAUGCGUUAACAUCAAUAAACAAGGUGUCUAAUUAA